AUGACAGUGAGAGAGGCAGGGAAUGAACCAGAUGCAGAUGCAUCAGUCAGCAGAAGGGAUGACACUUCACUACAAGGCACAGCAACUAUCAUCACAGCUGCAAGAGAAGCAGAAGAAGAUGUAAUAAUAAGAGUGAUACUCCUGCAGCUCAUUGAUACUGCUGCCUUCAAUCUGACUUUCUUAGUGAUUAUGGAGACCGCAGCUGCACCAUGA